GUCACAAACUCUAAAGCUCUAUUUCUCCAUAUUCUCACCUGCAAGGCUUUUUAUCGCCGACGACUAUAAUAACCUUAGCUCUUGAUUAGUUAUUAUGAUGUAUUCGAUCCAAACUAUAUGCAAAAUGCGUCCAAUCUCCGUGUCGGCUUUAAGGCGGGGUAGCUCUUUCAUUUAUCUUUCGGAUGGUGUCUGCCCACAUUCCUAAAACAUUUAUAUCAUUCCAUCUUUCCUUCCAAAGUAUUAAAGAUACCGAAGCUUACCUCUUUCCAUCUCUCUAUCUCUUGUUUUCGUAAGCACAACGAUAAAAUCUAAUCAUCAAUCUCAUGAACACCAUAACAACCCUCCCAACCACUCUGAAAAACAAAGCUCAAGCUCUCAUCUCCACAAUGUCCCUCCCCAAAACCUACAAAGCAGCUGUUUUCGAAAAGGCCAAUGCUCCAUUCGUCAUUAAGGACGUUGAGCUCACGCAGCCAUCCGCAAAUGAAGUUCUCGUGAAAGUCAUUGCUUGCGGAGUAUGUCACUCCGAUGCCGUCGUUCAAUCCGGCGGUUUUGGAAACGGAUUUCCAAUCGUCCCGGGUCAUGAGGUAAUUGGCACAGUUGCUGCUGUUGGAGAAGGUGUUCAGAAAUGGAAGGUUGGAGAGAGAGUGGGAGGACCUUGGCAUGGAGGUCAUGAUGGCACUUGCAAACAGUGCAAUCGGGGACAGUUUCAAAUGUGUUCCAAUGGUGCCGUUAAUGGUGUCACUCGCGACGGAGGCUACGCUGAAUAUGUUCAUCUUCGAAGUGAAGCCGUAGUGAGAAUUCCAGAAGAUGUCGAUCCUUAUGAAUAUGCCCCAAUUCUCUGCGCCGGUAUCACUGUCUUCAACAGCAUGAGAAAAUUACAAAUUACACCUGGUGAAGUUGUUGCCAUUCAAGGAUUGGGUGGAUUGGGACAUUUGGCUGUACAGUAUGCCGCUAAGAUGGGAUACAAGGUUGUAGCUAUUAGUGGUGGUGACAAGAAGAGAGAUUUUGCUCACAAGUUGGGUGCUCAUGAGUAUAUCGACACAUCGAAGGAUGACCCUGUCAAGAAAUUGACCGAAAUGGGAGGAGCAGCGCUAAUUGUUUGCACGGCUCCAAACCCCAAGUCUAUUUCCCCUUUAACUGGUGGAUUGGGUGCGGGCGGAAAGUUGCUCAUUCUAGCUCCUUGUGGUGGUGUGGAGAUUAACUCGAUCGAUCUCAUCACGAAGAUGGCUUCAGUCAGUGGUUUCCCAUCUGGCCAUGCGUUGGAUUGUGAGGAGGCUAUUGAGUUCACCAAGCUGCAUACUGUUGAUUGCAUGAUCGAGAAAUUCCCAUUGAGCGAUGUUCAAAAGGCUUAUGACCACAUGUUAAGUGGCGAUGUUAGGUUCAGAAGUGUUUUGGUCAUGGAUCAAUAAUUGUCAAUGGGAAAACAAAGAAAUGAAGGAUCGACUGGAGAUUUUUAUGGCGGUCUGUGGCUUGAUGCUCAAAAAUGCAAAAACUAAUGGAACGAGAUUGAGCAAAGUAGCUAUUAGAGUUUCAAUAUCAUGAUAUCGUUCAUUUUCGA